UCGCUGAGAUUUUUUUGGGGGGGAAAUCGCUACAGCGGCCGGACGGUGGGACGAUAAGAAGCCGCCUUUUGCACCGUCUUCGCCCGUGAGGAGAGGGUGGAGAACAGAAAGGACCCGCAGAAGGAGGCACAAACCCAGGAUGGACGACGCGAAAAAGCAAGGGAGCGCGGCCGCGGACGGUGUUCGGGGGCCGGCGGCGCUGCACGCAUCCCCGUGUAGCCGGGAGGACGGGGCGGGCGACGAGCUCGUGCGCUCGGUGGCGCUCUACCGGCGCAGGCCGCGAGCCUUUCACGGCACGGUGCUCCCGUUCGUCGCGCUGCUCUACCCGGGCUGGUCGUACAUGUGGCUCGGAGUGUACGGAGCUGCGGAGUAUCCGGAGGCCGGCCUGCUGGCGCUCGCCGCCAUCGGGAUCGCGCACGUCCUGACGGUGCUCUCUGGAUACUGGUCCGUGCACGCGCACUGUUGGCUCACCUGCUGGAAGGAGCCUGAGCCAUCGAAGGCCAGAUUAGCAAAAGUUAUUCCCACCCCUAACAACGGCUCCGCUGAACUCGUGCCCCUCCAGAGAGAUAUGGACGAGGAUGGAGAAGAAAUCCUGUCCUUUGAGUUCCAGAAGAUCCGCUAUGUGUUCGACCGGGACCGGAAGCACUUUUUACCCGUGGCUUUCCCGGUCGACCAGCCGAUAGGAUAUUUCCAAACGUGGAGGGGCUACCAGGAGGAGGCGGAUUUGCGGGCUGCAGAGAAACGCUACGGCACCAACCGCGCUGAGAUGGUGGUGCCCGACUUCCUGGAGUUGUUCAAAGAGAGAGCCACAGCUCCGUUCUUUGUCUUCCAGGUGUUUUGUGUGGGCCUGUGGUGUCUGGAUGAAUACUGGUAUUACAGUGUCUUCACACUCUUCAUGCUGGUGGCCUUUGAGGCUUCUCUGGUGCAGCAGCAGAUGAGGAACAUGUCCGAGAUCCGACGGAUGGGAAACAAACCCUACAUGAUCCAGGUUUACAGGAACAGAAAAUGGCGACCUAUAUCCAGUGAUGAACUUGUUGCUGGGGACAUUGUUUCAGUCGGACGCUCUCCCCAGGAGAACUUGGUCCCGUGCGACGUACUGCUGCUUCGUGGCCGCUGCAUUGUGGACGAGGCCAUGCUGACUGGCGAGUCCGUGCCGCAAAUGAAGGAGCCGAUCGAGGAUUUGGACCCUGAGAGGAUUCUGGACCUGCAGGCGGACUCCCGCCUCCACGUGAUCUCAGGGGGCACUAAAGUGGUCCAGCACAGCGCCCCCCUCCGUGCCAGCGUGGGUCUCAAACCUGUGGACAAUGGGUGUGUGGCAUAUGUUUUACGAACAGGGUUUUAUACCUCACAGGGGAAGCUGUUGCGGACCAUUCUGUUUGGAGUGAAGAGGGUGACGGCCAACAACCUGGAGACGUUCAUCUUCAUCCUUUUCCUGCUGGUGUUUGCCAUUGCUGCAGCUGUGUACGUGUGGGUGGAGGGCACCAAGGACCUGAGCAGGAAUAAGUACAAGCUGUUUCUGGAGUGCACCCUCAUCCUGACGUCGGUGGUGCCGCCCGAGCUGCCCAUCGAGCUCUCACUGGCUGUCAACACCUCCCUGAUCGCCCUGGCCAAGCUCUAUGUGUUUUGCACAGAGCCCUUCCGGAUCCCUUUUGCAGGAAAGGUGGAGAUCUGCUGCUUUGAUAAGACUGGAACUCUAACCAGCGACAGCCUGGUUGUGCGUGGCGUGGCAGGACUGAGAGAAGGAAAAGAGGUGAUGCUGGUCUCUGAAAUCCCGGUGGAGACCCAUCGCGUGGUGGCUACCUGUCAUUCUCUGGUAACCCUCGAUGACGGCCAGCUAGUGGGCGAUCCUCUGGAGAAGGCCAUGCUGACGGCAGCAGACUGGACCCUCACUAAAGAUGAGAAGGUGUUUCCUCGUGCAAUAAAGACCCCGGGCCUGAAGAUCCACCAGCGCUUCCACUUUGCCAGCGCCCUGAAGCGCAUGUCUGUCCUGGCUUCCUACGAGAGGCUCGGCUCCACCGAGCUCUGCUACAUCUCCACCGUCAAAGGGGCUCCAGAGACCCUCAGGAGCAUGUUUUCACAGUGCCCAGCCAGCUAUGACGAGGUCCACAGAGAGAUGUCCCGAGAAGGAGCCCGAGUUCUAGCGCUGGGCUACAAAGAGAUGGGACACCUCAGCCACCAGCAGGUGCGGGAGAUGAAUCGUCAGGCCCUGGAGUGUGACCUGAGCUUCGCCGGCUUCAUGGUGGUGUCGUGCCCGCUCAAGAAUGACAGCAAGAUGGUCAUCCGAGAGAUCCAGGAGGCCUCGCACCAUGUCGUAAUGAUCACCGGGGACAACCCUCUAACCGCAUGUCACGUAGCCAGAGAGCUCCACUUCAUCCAGAAGGAGCACACGUUGAUCCUCCAGCACGGCCCUGCUUCAGGCGAGUGGCAGUGGGAGUCUAUAGACGGUACCGUGCACCUGCCUCAGCCUCCUCCCUCCGUCCAGGGGCUCAUCGGCCGCUACGAUCUCUGUGUGACCGGCGAAGGCCUGACCAGGCUGACCUAUGACCCCUGUCUGCUCAGGGCCCUGCUGCCACAUGUGCGAGUGUUUGCCCGUGUCAGUCCGAAACAAAAGGAGUUUGUCAUAACAAGCCUAAAGGGGUUGGGCUUUGUCACUCUCAUGUGUGGUGAUGGCACCAAUGACGUCGGCGCACUCAAACACGCCCACAUAGGAGUGGCCCUAUUGGCUAAUGCCCCAGAACGAAUGCCAGAGAAGAAAAAACGAGGAAGAGACAAGGAGCCCCCUACUGGUGACCCCAGGCCAUUGCCUCCCAUCUCAAGUUCAGGGAGUAAACUGAGCUCGCGGGCAGCCAGACAGAGGAUGAUGGCCCAGAGGGAAGAGCAGCUUGCUGCCCAGAAGGAGCGGCUCAGUCAGGUACUCCGGGAGUUGGAGGAAGACCAGCUUCAGGUGGUCAAGCUCGGGGACGCCUCGAUAGCAGCCCCCUUCACCUCCAAACUCUCCUCCAUACAGUGCAUCUGUCACGUGAUUAAACAGGGCCGCUGCACCCUGGUCACCACGCUGCAGAUGUUCAAGAUACUGGCCCUGAACGCACUGGUGCUGGCCUAUAGCCAGUCCGUGCUCUACCUAGAGGGCGUGAAGUUCAGCGACUUCCAGGCCACCCUUCAGGGCCUGCUGCUCGCCGGGUGCUUCCUCUUCAUCUCCAGGUCGAAGCCACUGAGGACCUUGUCCAAAGAGCGCCCCCUGCCCAACAUAUUCAACCUCUACACAGUUCUGACAGUCCUGCUCCAGUUUGCUGUGCACUUCGGCAGUCUGGUCUACCUGUACAGGGAAGCACAGAGCAGAAGCCCACCCAGAGAGGAGCAGUUUGUUGAUCUGUAUAAAGAAUUUGAGCCCAGCCUCAUCAACAGCACUGUGUACAUAAUGUCCAUGGCCAUGCAAAUGGCCACUUUUGCCAUCAACUACAAGGGCCAUCCUUUCAUGGAGUCUCUUACUGAGAAUCGUCCUUUGCUGUGGAGCAUUGCCUUAUCUGGGCUUGCCAUCGUGGGGCUCCUGACGGGGUCAUCACCUGAAUUUAAUGAGCAGUUUGCCCUUGUGGAUAUUCCAACAGAGUUCAAGCUGGUGAUAGCCCAGGUCCUGGUGGCGGAUUUUGUCGCCGCCCUGCUUGUGGAUAGAGUCUUGCAGUUCCUGCUCGGCAAAGGGACCCUGCGGUUGCCUAACUGAACCGUCCAAUGAGUAGUCGCGAAAGCAAUUGCUGUACCCGGCAAGCAGACUACAGACAGGGACGAGUGAAAUCGCUGGCGGGUGACGUCUGCAACCUCCUCACCCCUCUUCCCCCGCACGGGCAGACGAGCGUGGCACGCAAUACUGUACACACCCCCCAGUGUUCCUGUUCUCUGUCCCUAUUCUUUGUCUUUUGGCUUUUUCUUCACUCAGCCCUGUUGCUUUUCUCCUCUCCAUGUUAUAUAAUCCCCUUUUAUCCACUGUAACCCCCUCCCCGACCCCAAACGGCCAAGAAGAUAACAGUAUUGUGUGGAAUGAGUGUGUUCGGUGCGUUUCAGUCGCCAUUGACGGGCAUUCUCUAAGAGAACUGCAGUGUGUUUAAUUGGUUUUUUCUGUUUGUUGUUUUGUUUUUUUGUAAAAAGACAGAUGUCUGACAGACUUAUAAAAUAUCAAAAAACA